GUUAGUCGCGCACGCCGGAAGUGGCCCGUAGGCCGGUCUGAGGCGGCGCCUGCAGUGUGCAUCGUCCCUUGGGCAGGCGGCGACAUGGAGCCCGGGGCAGCCGAGCUGUAUGACCAGGCCUUGCUGGGCAUCCUGCAGCACGUGGGCAAUGUCCAGGACUUCCUGCGCGUGCUCUUCGGCUUCCUCUACCGCAAGACUGAUUUCUAUCGCCUGCUGCGCCACCCAUCGGACCGCAUGGGCUUCCCGCCCGGGGCCGCACAGGCCCUAGUGCUGCAGGUAUUCAAAACCUUUGACCACAUGGCCCGUCAAGAUGAUGAGAAGAGGAAGAAGGAACUUGAAGAGAAAAUCAGAAGAAAGGAAGAAGAGGCCAAGGCUGUGGCCGCUGCAGCCGAGAAGGAGCUGGUUCCAGUACCAGUCCAGGAAAUAGAGAUUGACCCUACCACAGAAUUGGGUGGAUCUCUGGAAGAGAAAGUGCAGCCUCCAGGCACACAGGACACUGUGCAGGAGGUUGCCCAUGGCUCAGAGAAGGCAGAGGCUCCAGGAGCAGUGGCUGAUGCUCCUGAAGUCCCUAGGGAACCACAAGCUCUUCCCAGGAUUCAGGAGCAGUUCCAGAAAAACCCUGACAGUUACAAUGGUGCUGUCCGUGAGAACUAUACCUGGUCACAGGACUACACCGACCUGGAGGUCAGGGUGCCAGUGCCCAAGCACGUGGUGAAGGGGAAGCAGGUCUCGGUGGCCCUUAGCAGUGGCUCCAUCCGUGUGGCUGUGCUGGAGGAAAAUGGGGAGCGCAUCCUCAUGGAAGGGAAGCUCACCCACAAGAUCAACACUGAGAGUUCUCUCUGGAGCCUUGAGCCGGGGAAGUGUGUUUUGGUGAACCUGAGCAAGGUGGGCGAGUAUUGGUGGAAUGCUAUCCUGGAGGGAGAGGAACCCAUCGACAUUGACAAGAUCAACAAGGAGCGCUCCAUGGCCACUGUGGAUGAGGAGGAGCAGGCGGUGCUGGACAGGCUCACCUUCGACUAUCACCAGAAGCUGCAGGGCAAGCCGCAGAGCCACGAGCUGAAAGUCCAUGAGAUGCUGAAGAAGGGGUGGGAUGCUGAAGGCUCUCCCUUCCGAGGCCAGCGAUUCGACCCGGCCAUGUUCAACAUCUCCCCCGGGGCUGUGCAGUUUUAAUGACCAGAAGGAAAGGAAACCCCUUGCCAUCAGGGAGGCAGAGGCUUUGUCCUCAGCUGCCCUUCUCAGCUCCCUGCAUUCCAGGGACUUGCUCGUCUUGUUCACCCCUAGCCAUCCUUUCUAUGAAGGAUGAACCAGGCCUUCCACCCUGACUUUGCAUCUCCAGACUGUUCCAGAGAAGGUGUGGGGCCAGCUGCUGGAUGUUGGCCACCGUGGCCGACACUGAGUGAAGGUGUUUGAAAUGCGGGAGGGACAUCCCAGCAAACUGGGAUCACGUGCUUUUGUCUCCACAGCAACCAGCCACUGCAGGCAGCAUUUGUUUCCUUCCCUGCUCUUUGCUUGCUGUUGUUUUGAUGCUGUUGUGCUUGCUUUGCUUUUGGUUGGGGCCAUGGAGUUGUUGCUGGGCUCUCGGGUGAAGCUGAAGUUGCUGAAGUGUGUGGAGCUUGGAGCUUGCAUGAGGGCAAGCGUGGAAUGCUGUGCAACUGUUUCUGGGGCUGCUUUGGGAAACUCCUUGCCCCUUGACCUCUGUCGGGUAUGUUCAUGUGCUGUCAUGCUCAUCCCUUUGUAAAUGUGCCCUGCCUGCCUCAGCCUCAUGGGCAGAGCAGUGGAAACUGGAGUCCUGUUUGCAUGUUUUAGAUGUUGGGAGGUUCUGGCCUCAGGCCCAGGUGCAGUGGGGCUUCUGUCUGUUGUCUGACUGUGGCUGCCUUGCUUUGGUUCUUGCUGAAGUGAACCAAGCCCAGCCACCACUGCAUGGCAUGUUCUGCUUGGCUCCCUGUGAGACCUCCACGUUGGGUACACUGUGUCAAAAUGUGGGCAGGAGUGGAGAGCCAGCGCCCUCAGGAGGAGGCCACAGCAUGUCCAGCGGCCCAUCAGCAGAGCACAUCAGCCACAGGUCCUAAGCAGCCUUGACCUCGAGGGGCCUCUGCAAGCAGGAAUUUCUGCACUGGGCCUGAAGGCACAUUGUCUCACCACGACUGAGCCAGAGAAAGUGAAGACUACCAUGUCCCCAUCCUCUGUGCCAGGUGCCGAACCGCGCUUCCUGGAGCUCAUGGCCCCGUCCUACCAGUUCUCCAGGGACUGGCCACCACCUCAGGACCCCUGAGCUUAUGCCCUGAGCCAUAGCUACUGACUGACUCCAGCCAAGGUGUGAAGACCCAAUCGUGGGGUGUGGGGCAGGGCCUCGGCCUGUGCCCCAAGUACUCACAGUGGCACUCCGUGUGCCCAUCACCAGGAAUGUGGUGCUGCCACUACCCAGUGCUGUCCACUUGGCCAUCAGCUCAGUGCAUGGAUAAGUCAUCCUGCAGGUCUCCGCACCCUGGUGCCAUGUGCAGCCAGCAAGAAUGAAGGCCUGCAGAUGCUAAGGAAGCCUCCUGUCAUGGGGAAAGGACGCUGUCCCCUGCAAGCUCUCUCUGAGAAUACUUGGGGGAAAGGGGCUAUCUAGGAGAGUAAGUUGGUGGUUGGUUCUUCCAGAGGCUUCCACCUUUGACUGCAUUGAAGGGAGCUGGUUUAUUGUCAUUUGGGGGUGGAUUUCUGCUUUACAGUGGUGGCUGACAGUCCUUGUAAGACAGCAUCCCUGGGAAGUAUUCUGUGGGUCUGUCAAGCUAGAGCAGAGGGCCCCAAAUACCCACCUUGGAAUCAGAGCCCUGUUGUCUGAUAUCUGUCACUGAACUGGUGAGGCCCCUCUGAAGAGGUCUCCACCCUGGGGAGCAGAACUCUGUCACUAUGAAGGGUCCUGAGAAAGCCUUUGUCAUUUUUUCCUGGAGUUCCCCAUCAAAGGUCCUAGGAUUUGCACACCACUGCCUCACAAGAGCUUCCCUACCUAAUGAAAGGAGGUCUCUCAGGGGUUGUGCGUAUGUCUCCUGUCUUCUCUUGUCCCCAAGUUAGCCCCACCCUAUGGGCAGUCUUCCAGAAGGAGUAAGGGAGGUGGGGAUGCCCUACACCUUGUGAUUGGGAGACUUUGAGAGUUGUUCACUUCUGUGGUGAGUGUCUUCUUUUUGCCUGAUUUUGUUUUCUGUGGUGCAUUUCUCCCCACUCCCUGCCCUGCUUUAAUAAAUGAUAAACCAGCGUCUAGGAAGAGCAGCUGAGGGCCAGUGUUGGGUAUUGGCCCUGUGGCAGGAGCAGCCACCCCGCAUCUGGUCCCUGUGCCCUGUGCGAUGCUUGGUGUGGUUGUAGAGCCUGUCCCUGCGCACCUCGCUGCCUGCCUGUUGGGUGAUUCUGUGCCCUGAGGCAGUGCCCUGGACCUGCCCAGCCUCCAGAACUGGCGCACUCUGCCUUUUUUCUCUUUUUAGACAUGACAACUGCAGUUUGGCCACUAAGUCCCACCAGCUGAGGUCCGAGGAAAGCGGGGUGACUCAUUCCCCUUGUCCAGGGGCCCAGGAGAGUGGGGUGUCCAGCCUGCAAAGCUGCUCCAGCUCUUCAGUGUUGUUUUGCAAUAAAUCUGUAUUU